AUGAUCAAGACUCCUUCCAACAACGACAACUCCUCUGUCAGCAAUGACGAAAGCAAACCUGAAGGCUUUUGCCUUUUCCAGAGCACCUUUGGCACGGCUUGUGCCAUUGUCUUGUGGAUAACUUGCAUGGCUACUCACGAUUGCUGGACUGACUGCAAUGAUGCUGUCACCAAGGCUAGCAUUCUUGGCUUUGGCAUAUUUGUUAUUUUCAUGCUCUUGGUGGAACGAGCCUUUGAGCCCGACGAAACUCUUUGCGAUGCUAUGCAAGGCAUGGGAAAAGAGUUUGAUGAUGUCAAGACUUGGUUUGGCAAAAUUGGAUAUCUCGCUUACAAUAUUACCGUAUUUGCCACAUUGGUUGCCGAAUUGAAUGCCCUUUUGGACACCAAUACUCCAAUGUGGUACCGUGAACAAGCUCUGUACAUGUAUGCCUUUUUGAUGUAUUCCAAUGCGGCUGGGACCAAGUUGUGGAGUAUUCUCCAUACUCUCACUUUUGCUCUCGCUUCGGACAGCAUUGCUUUGGCCCAAAGUACUCAAGUCAUUAUGAAUCCUCGUUCGAUUGGAUUGAUCCUGGGCUAUUGUGGAAUGGCCUACGAAAUCGUUCAACGUCGUGACGACGCCGCUUUUUUGAAGGAUCACCUUCCUGUCCGCAGCGUUCUUUUCUUUACUUUGAUUUGGAUUCCUCUCUUUUGCACCAUUUGGCCAUUUGCCGAGACUUCGAUGAUGAACUACCUCGUCAUUGGUAUUUGCCUUUUGCUUUGUUCCGCGGAUCUGUCCAAGGUGGGAAAGAGCGAUGGGUCCUAUUCUUGGAUGGAACGCUCUGGAGCUCAUCUCUUCCAUGCCUCUAUCUGGAGUCAAAUUGCCUUGGUCUUGCUCGAAUACUUGGAGGGAUCCACUGGUACUCGCAAUCUUUGGAUCAUUGGCUUUUUGUUGUAUGCGCACAUUGGUAGCAUCAAUGUCACCAACAUUUGCUUUGUAUGGGGAAUUACCGUUCUCGGUGCCAUGAACACUUUUGGUGAUGGCAAGGGGCAUUUCCCCUUUACUACUACAGUGGCAGUCGUUCGUACUGUUGUCAUGGUGCUUGCUUUGGUCGACCUUUGUUUGAAUGGCAAGAAGAAAGACGACGAGGCUUCCAAGUCUGACAACGAAGAUGAAGCUCAAGUCAAGGUCUUGUGGGACGGAAGCGAUGCUACCGACUAUGUGCCACUUGUCAAUGUCGCCUAA